AACAUGGGGGCCAAGAAAAGACGGCUAACCCCCCCCCUUUCCGUCUUCGUAAGCUUGGUGGAUUCCAACGUUUUCCGGGAAUUCGUGCUGUCUUUUCGUUCCCGGGUUCGUGUUCCAGUAAAAAAAAAAAAACACCACACCUGGAGGAUGCCGUCUUCUCAAUCGCGAGUGACCCGUUCGUUGCCCACACCUUGGCCUCGUGUCACAAUGGAUUCAAUUUUCCGUCAAGCGCUUCUUUUCUCUGCGCUUUUCCUAGCGUUUGGAGGGGACAAAGUGUUAGCGCAAACUACGAAUGUCACUUGUCUCCCUAGCUUUGAUUGGGCGUUGAAUAGCGCCAAAGAAAACCCGUGCAAGGUUGCGUCAGAACUCCAAGCAGUGUGUGGUGGAGGUAAGGAUUGGAUUUGGAGCUCGUUAUUAUUCGCUUUUUUUUUGCAUCUACUGACUUCACCACAAUUAGGAUGGACUGUGACCUCCCUCCCGCCGAACUAUCACUAUAUCGGUGAGAGCGUAACACCCAUUCACCCGAACUUUUAUGUGCUCAGCAGACAAACCAAAGGCCCGGUAAAGGGUAGUGAUACAAAUGGUCCAAACUAUUGUACUUGCACCUCCAUUGUGUACGAGCUAAUGUCGGCGUGUGGGGCUUGCCAGAACCGGACAUUUAUAUCCUAUCCGGCUUGGACGGUUGACUGCGGUAACAUCUCGACUGUGGAGGGCGUGUACACACCGUCGUUGAUCCCUUCCGGUGCUCUUGUGCCCCGCUGGGCUUAUCUCAAGCCUUCUAGCUACGGUGGACUAUUCAACAUCGAAGUUGCGAAGCAGAUUGGUGUUAUUCUCAUCGAGCACGACAUCAUCCGGCGGUUUCACGACAGCCUCUACCCCUUCAACCUCCACAAAUUCCAUCACCACCUCAUCUACCACAAACAACAAUCCAACGACGACGACGACGACAACGACGACAACGACAACGACUCGAUCUGGGGGAAGUUCGAACACCGGCCCAAUUGUUGGGGCGCGGUUGGGGGUGUGGUUGGUCUUGGCCUGGUUGCAGUGCUUGCAGUAUGGGUCCUUAAGAGACGGUCAGGCAAGCCCCCCAGUCAAAACCUUGCAGUUUCAGGUCCUUCAUUGAACGAUGGCUCCACGCGACCCCUGAGCAUGGCUACCGCUCCACAGCCUGCGUUCCAGGAACCGUACUUUGUGACACCGACUAAUCAUCACCCCCCAUAUAAUAUCCAGAAUCCCGGAUAUAGUGGCGCCCCUGAACCAUAG